UGUAACGCUCCCUCCUAUAUUACUUGUACAGUUUUGUUCAUUUUAUUUCGUGUAAAGGGAAAAGUAGCAUCUCCAUCAUAUUUCCAAAUCUUAUGGUAAUACAUUUUCAUCAUUUCAUGCAGUUGGUGAAAUCAGAUUAUAAAUAUUGGAGUACUUCCCGCAGCCCUCUCUUAGUCUGUUAAAUAUCUCUAUACAUUUGCAUUUUGUUUAAGAGAGAGAUGGAAUUGGUGGUGUGGAUGGUGGUGUUGAUACUAAUUGUGUGCGUGAUGAAAGUUAUGCAUUCUAGCAUUAUAUGCUACUGGGUGAGCCCUCGCCGCAUUCGGAAAAUAAUGGCGAAACAAGGCGUCCGUGGCCCUAAACCGCGCUUUCUCAUCGGAAACAUCUUGGACAUGGCCUCUCUCCUCUCCAAAUCCACCGCCCACGACUGCCAUUCCGUCCAUCAUGACAUCGUCCCCCGCCUCCUCCCGCAUUACCUCCUCUGGUCCAAAACUUACGGGAAACGGUUUAUAUUUUGGAAUGGGGUGGAGCCGCGAAUGUGCCUGACGGAACCGGAGCUGAUCAAAGAGCUGCUGUUGAAAUACAGCAGCCUCUCCGGGAAGUCGUGGCAGCAGCAGCAGGGGUCAAAGCAUUUCAUCGGACGCGGCCUCUUGAUGGCUAACGGCCUCGACUGGUCCCACCAGCGCCAUAUUGUCGCUCCUGCUUUCAUCGGCGACAAGCUCAAGAGCUAUGCAGGAUACAUGGUUGACUGCACGAAGCAGAUGAUCGCAUCAUUGGAAAACGCCCACGGAAAUGGGCAGAGGGAAUUUGAAAUCGGAGAAUACAUGGCUAAGCUCACCGCUGAUAUAAUUUCGAGAACUGAAUUCGGCACCAAUUAUGAAAAGGGAAAGCAAAUAUUUCAUCUCUUAACUGUUCUUCAAAAUCUCUGCGCCAGAUCAACCCGCAACUUGUGGUUUCCCGGUAGCAGAUUCUUCCCAAGCAAGUACAACAGAGAGAUAAAAUCGGUGAAGGGUGAGGUGGAGAGGCUGCUGAUGGAGAUCAUAGAGAGCCGGAAAGACUGCGUGGAGAUGGGCCGGAGCAGCUCGUACGGUAACGAUCUGCUGGGAUUGCUGCUGAACGAGAUGCAGACAAAGAAUUCAGGCUUGAAUCUGCAGGUGAUCAUGGACGAAUGCAAGACCUUUUUCUUCGCUGGCCACGACACCACCGCGCUGCUGCUGACGUGGACGAUGAUGCUGCUCGCCACCAAUCCGUCGUGGCAGCAGAGGAUCAGAGCUCAGGUUAAGCAGGUCUGCAAUGGCGCCCCGCUUUCCAUCGAGCACCUCUCCAAGCUCACUGAGUUAAAAAUGGUGAUCAAUGAGAGUCUUCGGCUAUACCCACCGGCUUCAAUGCUUCCCCGAAUGGCGUUCGAAGACAUAAAACUAGGCGAUCUAGUGAUUCCGAAAGGGCUGUCGAUAUGGAUUCCGGUGUUGGCGAUCCAUCACAGCCCGGAAAUAUGGGGAAAAGAUGCCAACGAGUUCAACCCUGAGCGAUUCGCCUCAAAAUCGGGGGCGGGGAGGCAGCAUUUUAUCCCUUUCGCGGCGGGCCCUAGGAAUUGUGUGGGUCAAGGAUUUGCUCUAAUGGAGGCCAACAUCAUAUUAGCAAUGCUAAUAUCAAAAUUUAGCUUCACAAUUUCCCCUAACUAUCGCCACGCACCCAUUGUUGUGCUCACCAUGAAACCUAAGUAUGGCGUUCAGAUCCUAUUGGAACCCUUGAAUCACCUAUGAAACUUUUUUCUCCCAUUUUUUCCCCAAAAUAUAGAGUUUAUUAUAUGGCUGAGGAUAUAUGAUACUAAUAUUUUACAUAGUAUGUUA